AAUUUCGUUAAUUUCGCCGGAAGAAUUCGCACCUAACAAGGUUUAUUACAUUGUGAACGACCGCAACAUUGAGCAAGACUUAUGACGCGUAUGAUUCAGUUGCUCCCUGUUACGUUACGCUGGAAGUUGCCACAACUAGUUACUUUAUUAAGAUCAUGCUCGCAGAAGAAUGGAGAUGUGCAAGUGUGCGAAAGUGAAGAAAGGUCGGUUUACGCGUCUACUUACAUCUCCAAAGUAUUCGUUAUCUUCCAUGAUAAAAAUUCAUUCAUUCUUUCUCAAUGAAUUAAUUUUCAUGAAUUUUAAAUUCAAUUUCUUAACAUCCACAAACUCUUUACAACAAUCGAACAUUGCGAAAGAAUAUCACUGUACGAACUUCCACUAUCGUAACUUUUAUUCAUUUUAUUUUUUGUAAAAUAGUGAUGGAUCGUAGUUUGUGUUAUUUUAACGUCUUUUAUCAAUUAUAAAAUUUCAUAAAUCGUCUAUCCUUGGAAUAUCAUAUGUUUUUCAAACUUACACCGCUCCAUUUUUCAAAAAUCUAAUCUUUGGAAAGAAUCGAUUUCUUUAUGGAAAAUCGUGUCAAAUUUCGUAAAAGGAUAUCAGAAUACAUAAACAGGAAUGACAAACUUAUUGAAAAUUUAAAAGAAAAUUACAAUAUCGGCGAGGAACUAAAUCGAACCGCAUAUUUAUUCAUAUUUUUCAAAUAUAAUGCCUUUUCGGCAAACGCACAGGCCCCGAGAAUCCCCCCUCCACAAAUCCAAAUCCUCGAAAUCUCUCGAGAAAAAGAACGAGUAGCUUUCGCAUUCAACAAAUCCACCACGAUAUCUCUGAAUAAUUCGCCUGCUCCUCCGCCUGCUUCUCCUCCUACUAUACCACAUCCUCUGGGGAAGCUGGAACCCCGUCUCCCGGUUUCUCGAAGAGGAGAGGGAAGGGCGGGCGCGCGAUAUGACGGCGUACAUAGACACGGGUUUAUCUACCUGACGACCUUGCCGUUUAAAAAAUCCCAGAGUGGCCGGCAGAGAGGCUCGAGCGGGCGGCGUGCACCAUCCGCGAGCCAGUUCCGACGUAGAGAGCGGACGACUAAGACUAAUCCUAAUAGAGUUGUGCGCCUACCGGCCGUUUCCGCGCCACCGUGUCCGCGCUUCCUUCCUUUCGUGAAACGGGAGAGAAUCCGCGAGGUACGUGUGUGUUGUCCAUGCCAGUCGGCCUGCGAUCCUCGUCCGCCAGUGAUCCACCAACCAGUCGCGAUUAAUAUGGGCGCCUGGAUGUCCUGGCUGAUCCUGCUGCAGCUGUCGUCCGUGCUCGCGCAUGGCUACGACAACGUGGGAUUCGACGGCUGGUAUCAACCGGUUCCGCAUCGGCCGGUCGACAUCAUCACAGACGUUAUUAACGACCUAGGCGUGCGGAUUCUGCAGCAGUACACGGCCCACGGGAACGUUGCAUUCUCGCCGACGGGGGUUGGCUUCGUCCUGGCCGCGCUCUACGAGGGCUCGGCCGGCAGAGGAAAACAGCAAAUCGUCGAUGCCCUCGGCCUACCGAGGGAUCGAGACAUCACCAGGAUCGGUUUUCGCGAUAUCCAUCGUAGAUUGAGGACGUAUCUGAACGCGGACGGAUUUCUCGGAGGUUUGACACUCAAUCACGAGAACACAAGAUUGAGGCCUGAAUACGAGGACAUUCUGAGAUUCUAUGGAUUCGAUUUGUCCAUUCCUGAAGAGGAAAUGAAUGAAACUACUUUUGUUCCUGAAACAACGAAUAAUGUGGUGACUGAACAAUCAACGAUAGAAACGAAGACGGUAAUUCCUGAUAAAAUUACCACGCAAUCUGUUACUACACAAAGUAUGCAGAGUUCUGAAAUCGCUACUGAAACACCAAUAUCGACUACAUCCUCGGUGGAGUUGACUGGAAUAACCUCAAGUACGAUAGACGAGCAGGAUAAAUUGACGCAAACUACUCCUGCUGCUACUAUUUUAACGAAUGAUCCUAAUGUUGCUACUACAGUGUUAAGUUCGAUCGUAACUUCAUCAUCCAUCGAGACAACGACCUCUUCGAUACCUACGAUUAUUAUGCCUAACUUAAUUACAACUUCAUCUUCCGAGAUAGUAACUACAUCAUCCAUUACUAAUACACCACCUUCUAUUACAUCUUCUACUACUUCUACUACUCCUGUUCUAAUUACUACUGUAGCUUCUACAAUUUCUGAAGAACCACGGACGACCAUUGCAAAUCUCACUCAAUCUAUAACUACAGUUACUUUGUCUAACCAAUCUCCAAGUACCGAGGAAAGUACGAGUACUUUGUCAACUUCAAUAAGUACUUCCACUCCAUCUACUACUACUACUACUACUACUACUAGUACUACUUCUAUUCCAUCUUCCACUUCUGAAACGUUACCACCAUCUACCACGUUAAUAAUCCUAGAAACUCCAGAAUCGACAACCAUUUCUACCGAUCAAACGACCGAAGAAUCUGUAAUUAUGACUGAACCUAUCCCAGAAUCAACGAUCAUGCCAUCGACAACGUCUGCGCCGAUAAACGCAGAAGCCACUGUCACCGUGUCAUUCGAAGAAAUGUCACCAACUCUACCAGUCAAUAUCACGGAAAUCUCUACGAAUUCGACGAUCCCAACAAUUCAGACAAACGAAAUGUCCAUUAAUGAGACUAGUAGGUUCACGAAUAAACCUGACGACGAGAAUACCAUUUCAACGGAUUCUUUGAACAAUCAGUCGUCCAUCUCAAACGAGAUGGAGUCUACCGAAUUGCCAGUCACGACGACCGUUGCGGGUGAAAUCGGGUCGAUUGGCCAGGAGACGACGAUCACCACUAUAUCCUCGAAUAGGAUGAUGAAUCGAAGGAAACGUAGUGACAGGAGCCCCAGGGGAUUCUUUUCUAGUUAUCCAGAUGAAGGGAUUUGGAUGCAGGACUUAGGCAUCUGGAAACCCUAUUCCACAAGUUUGAACGAGGCAUCCGUCAGAGACUCGACAGAGAUAUCAUUCUUAGUAAACGGUUGCGACGUCUCUUCCGUUACAGCUUCAAGAUACUUCGCCGUUUUACCUUUUGCCUAUUUCCCAUCGCUGCACGCGGUCGCCCUUGAGUUUCCGCUUGAUGAUCCUAGAUACAAUAUCAUCCUCAUGAUGGCCACGGAUAGAAGGGACACGUACCGAUUGGCCAGAGAUCUCGGCGGGAAGUCGUUAAGAGUGUUGCGGAAGCAGUUACAGGCCACUUGGGUCAGGGCCACCAUUCCGUCCUUCAUGUUGCGUGGUUUUGUCACAUUGACGUCUUUCCUUCAAAGGUUGGGAAUUUUGGACGUGUUCGAGCCCAGAACAGCUGAUCUCUCGCCAAUGACACCUGACCUAGGUGUGUACGCUAGAGACGUGCAGCAAAGCAUCGGUGUGAACAUCAGAAAUUAUAUGAAACCCGACAGGACCCAUUCUCGUGAGUCGUUCUAUCGCCCUACCGAUCCUCCAUUGAUCGUUCCACUUCGUCGGGAUUAUUACCGAUACUAUCAUCAUCCAGUCACGAAUUUCUAGUAAGAAAAAAAAAAAAAGAAAGGAGAGGAUAUCACGGAUUAUCGUGGAGGGAGGGAGUGAUCGGCGAUUGGCAGAAGCUUCGAUCAGGCAAUAGACAUGACGCAAUCGGUGAAAUUGCGAUUCUCCGGUGUACGUGGUCCGCGAACAAUGAGAUAUCGGUGUAUGUUGCUGAGAACGACAAAGGGAAUACCUAAUUCCUUCGCUCACUGUGUUACAGUAUCGAUCAAAAGUUUAGAAUCGUGUCUCAAAUCGUCACAUUUCUUGAUUAUUUUAUUAAUAAUAAUUUUCUUACGUAAUUAUAAAUAUUAUUGAAGAAGAUUUAUUAAAUUGAGAAUUAUAUAUAUUAA